AUGGGCGUCUCUUUCGAUUUGGCUCUCGUCAUCGUUUUAGGGAUCAUCACUGUCCAUCAGUGCAAGUAUUUCUCAUGGCAAGUGCGCUUCGCGCAGCUGCAAUGGAGAUCUUUGACCACCGCAUUUGAAGGAGCCCUGGGCGGGACCACGGCCACCUCAGCAUUAUUUGUCAUGGCGAUCUCGCCUCUUCCAUUUACUACCAUCCUCGUCGGCCUGAUGAUAGCGUGGCAAUACGUUCUUGUCAAUUAUUACCAGAUGAUCAGAGCAACGACUGCCACUGGAGAUGAAGUGUAUUACGAAGCAAAGCUGGCAUACAAAACCGCUUCCGACCAUGCGGCCAUUGUGACUGAGACCACCAAAUCCAUCCUGCCUAUUAUCAAGGCGAUCACUGACGACCAAGAAGAAUACUUCGAUCACAUUCUGAACCUUCCGCUUCCCAGCAUCGCGACCUUCCACGGCAAUCUCAAACAUAUCAAUGAGAUCGCCUCCGUGCUAGCAGGUCCGAACUUGGACAUGGUCGAACUAAUCAAGGAGGGAGGUAGAGCACAUGAGAAGACCAAGUGGCGAGUGGAAAAAGCCAAGCUUCUAGCCAAGCACGGAGAAAAAGCGGAGGCAGAAGCUAUGCUGCACCAGGCCAAUGAGGAUUUGGAGGCCAUUCGCCACCUCGAGACCAAGCUUUCUGCUGUAUUAUCGAAGGUUCGAUUGCUUGAUGCGAAGUUCACCUUCGAAAACACAGUUGAGGUCCACAAGCAGAUGCUUCGGGAGUUUCGAAAAUAUUCAGAAGGGAUCUUCGCUGACUCCCCGGCUCCUGCAGCUGCUCCAGCUCCAUUGGCGUCUCAGAUGGAACCACCCGUUCCCCAGCCUGAGCCCACGGAGCCCCCACAGCCAGUCUUGCCAAACAGCUUGACUUUGACGAACCCUAUCGCGCUGGCCGGUAGCCUUUCGGGCGCUGCAGAGACUAUCGACGAUGUGGCAUUCGAGCUUUCAUUGCCGUUCCCGGUGAAGAUCUAUGGACAUGAGAGCUCGGUCCUAUCCAUCAAUGAUAAUGGCAUGAUCUGUUUGGACCAUGGUCCUGAUGAUGUACAAAAUCGGAGAUUAGGCACGCAGCUCCCUGCUCUGAACGGAAUCCCACCAUACACCCUCUUCCCUCUCUGGGAAGAUCUCAUGAUCAAGAAGGGCAAGCCACAUGGGAUCUAUUACGAGAUUGAAGGGGCAGAGCCAAACCGGAAAAUCACCAUUGAGUACUAUGUUACCCGCUUUCAGGAAGAAAAUCUGUACUUCCAUUUCCUGGUCAUUCUCGAAGAAGCACGCCCUAGUGUUGUCACGUUCAAGUAUUUUGAUGUGAACGACAAGGGAAAGCUCGGCACCGUCGGGGUCCAGGGAUCACAUGGUAAGUACUAG